UUUCUUCCGUGUCCGUUUUCAUGCGUACCGUUGGAUUUUUUUGUUUACAUAGCAACAGCCUAGAUGUACCAGUGAUGAUGUGUGAGGAUAAAUGUCAUUGUUUCAUUGUAGGCUGAUUCAAUACAAUGCAUUUAGCUGGUUAAACAUGAUGGUCACAGCUUGAUAAUGAGGUAAAAGCUGCCAUAUCCGGCUACCGUUUUUUCUAAGCUGGCGAGACUUAGCUAAGGGUAAGCAGGUCGAGCUGUUCUUCGAAAGAUGUCUUUUCAGGAGUCACCCCGUCCUUCUGAAGAGGAUGAGGCUUUCUACAUGCAGUGCAGAGCCGCGUACCUGGCUGUGUUCAGAUCUAGUUUGACAAAUAUCACUUCGAAACAGCACUUAUGCCGUGUUCUUCAACAGGCUGGUAGAAAUCCAUCCCAUGCCACUCUUAAUAAAUACUGGACUGCUACAACAUCUAAGCUGAACUUUGAUGACUUUUGUGAGAUUCUCAAGCACGAGGAGAAAACUGAGGAAAGUGAGCUGAUGAGGGUUUUUAAAAAGAUGGAUGUGAACGGUGAUGGCUACAUCACACACAGUGAACUGGAGAAGGCCUUAAUCACUAGAGGAGAGAAAAUGACGAAAGAGGAGGUGAAUGCUAUCUUCUCACUGGCUGACAUCAACAAGGAUGGCAAAUUGCACUAUGCAGAAUUCUGCAGAUUGUUUGCGUCUACAGUAGAGCAGUGUCAAACAGCUGCUUUGGAGAGACUUGAGGCUGAUGCCAAGCUGAAGAGACUGAACUUUGGCAGUCAAUCAUACAGCCCGCCAAAGAGCUCCGUGUCAUCAGCAACUCAGCGAGUGGACUCAGACACAACACCAAAGAAAGACAACCGAUCAUCCUCCCGGCCUUCUUCAGCUCGCAGCAGACGUUCGUCUCUGUCAAGCUCAAUCACGAUGACAUCCAGCAGCACUAAAGCCAACAAAUUCCCAGAGCCUUCAGGUUUACAGGGUUGGCAUCACAGUUUUAUGAAAGGCUGCUUCUUUUUGGAAGACGACGGGAGUAUCAGCGCUCUGCAGUACCAGCUCCACAUCCCCCACACGACAACCGUCUACCUAACCAUCCAACCACUCGGCCUCAGCCACAGACCUGACAAGUCCUCAGCAUGGAUGACAGUGGACACAGCACUUUUUGUCAUGUCAGCUGGUGAAACUAAAGAAGACACAAAUUUAGUGUGUUUCACUGAGUCAAAAGACAAAGAAAAGUAUAUUUGGAAAGGGGAACUGAAUGCUGGGACAUACCACCUGCUUCCCUUCACCAGUGGCUGCAGGUUAAAGAAAAGGAGCAAAAAGAGCCCUUCUAGUAAACCCGUGGAGUUGGUCUACAGGACUGACACAGAAGAACUAGACCUGACCAGGGAGUUCAGGGAGGUGCUGUCUGACAUUUUUGAGAUUAUAGAUCUGGACGGCAAUGGUUUGCUCAGCCUGGAGGAGUACAAUUUAUUUGAGCUCAGGACCAGCGGAGAGAAGUGUGACAAGGAAGCCUGGGCCGUCUGCAAAGAAAACUUUGAUAUGAGAAAGAACCAGCUGACACGACAGGGAUUCAUGGAGCUGAACCUGAUGGAGGCCACUGAGAAAGAUGGAGACCCUGCAGACCUGUGGGUCACGCUGGAAGCUAUGGGUUACAACCGUAUGCUGGAGCUAGUAGAGGCCUGUCCAUUCCAGAUAGACGUACACUGUGAAAGCACUCAGCCAUCCAUCCAGCCCCUCAGCAUGGAUUCAGGGCCCAAGCUUCUGAACCAGGCGCUCCAGAAGUCCAUCACAGCUAGAACAGGGGCCAAAGCACUGAGGGGACAUGACAAUGUGUUCAUCUACACCUACAAAGGGGAGCACAGGAUUUCCUCCCUCAUUACCAACAAGACUAACCAGAGAGUGACUGUGCAUGUGAACAACGAGCAGAGCAGGAACUGCUGCAGUAGCAGAGGCAUGACCGUGUUUGCUGUAGAAGUGCCAGCCAGGGCCAAAAUGGUGUGCCAACAUGUCCUACCCAUCAAUGAAAAACAGGACUGGAUCUACAGCUGUGUGGAGUCCAUACUACCCGGAAUGUAAAGUCCAGCCUGAAUGGACAACGCUUUAUAUUCUGGAUAAAAUGUAUUCAUCAAGGUUUUAAAUAUGGGCACUAAAGAGCGAUUUGUUCUAUAUCCACUGGCAUUAUAUCAUGAAUGUGAAUUAUCAUAAGUUGUUCUAGCUCUGCUUUAAUGAUUAUAUGUAUUUUUUUUUACUGUGAGAAAUGGAUCACCGCCAAAUCAUUUCAGCUGCCUGACUUGUUGCCUGGCCUGUAAUAUUGAAUUUGUAGGUAGUUGAUGAGUUUUGUGUAACGUCUGGUUUUAAUGGAGAUGGUUAACAAUUUUCCUGCUGUUUUUAAGUUGUUUUCUUUUUCCUUCUGUUGUUUUAUUAUUAUUGUUAUUUUCAUUAUUAUUUCUCUCUGUUGAAUUUGUCUUUGUUACUUUGUUACUUUGUUAUUACUGUGAAACAUGGAAUCAAGGAUUGAAGAUUAAGGGUUUAAUUUCUAACAUUUCCAAAAUCAUGUCAAUAUUAUCAUGUCACAGUAGAGUGUUAUGUCAUUAUUAAGGGUAAGACAACAAUUUGUGUUCUUUUUUUAAUCACUCUUGUCAUAUAACAGUAGAUUUUACUGUUUAAUAUUGCUGAAUGUCAUUACCAUCUUGUUUCAACAGAACAGAUAAGAAAAUUAAAGGAAAAGAACAAAGUCCUUCUGAUCACAUAACUUAAAUGUGUUUGAAAAUUAGCAAUACUAAUUAUUUGAAAAAAAAUCUCUUACAGCAUAUUGAAAACUCCUGCCAAGGAUUCAUUGAAUUUGACCUUAGAGAAAUAUCAGCAAGUUUUCCAUAAACACAGGAAUGCCAUUCUGGCUCCAACACUGUCUCCUGGAAUUAGAGACACUUGUAAGUACAUGUUUAGCUGAUUAUGGCUAUAACUGGAAUCAUUAAUUUUCUUACAUAUUCUUGCAGUUCAAGAAUAUUUAUAAAGAAUCAGAAUGAUUUUAGGCACAGAUAACAGUUCAGAUAACAGUUGUGAAAAGCAGAUUUUCAUUUCCUAUUGUGAAGAACACAAAAACUGAUCCUAGUAUGCACUUAGAAGUUGUUCACACUGAACUGCAGCAGUUUAAAUGCUGUGGAUGUUUGUUGAAUGUAACCAAGAAUUGUGCCUAAACUUUUCAUUCAAGCUUUGCAGACUAUACAACCAUGCAGCUAUUCAUCCAUACUCUUUACAGGGUAUGGAGGGGUUGGGGAUUUGGGGGUUGGCAGUGAAAUGCAUUCCUUUGCAUUGCACUCAGGUCUAAACUUUAUUUGCCCUUGGCCUUUCUAGUCACGUACUGUGUUGACCUUCUAUUUAUAUCUCUCAGGCCAUUAUUUGACCUUUGACUUUCUCUACUGAAACAGUAGAGCCAGCUCACUAAAUGUCACAUGACAUGUGAGAUGUAUUUAAUGUUUCAGGCUCCUGUCUGCUCUUCUUUUCCCAACAUAGGGGUUUGGUGUCAUUCAGCUGCUUGCAGUUGGACAGUGGCUUUGCCAAACGACUUGUGCGUUAUGUGCGUUUUACAAAAGAUUUAGUUUCCUUUUUUGUGUGUUGCUAGUUUCAAUAAUGGAAAUCCUUCACUUGCAUGCAAUCUGUGUGAUUGGUGGGUUGCAAACUCUUUAGCAAUGGCUUUUGUAACAGUCUGAUUAACAUGUUGUUAAUCAGACUGUUACAGAAACCAAUGCUAAAGAAUUCUUUUUCCUCACAUAA